CGUUGUUUUCCUCACGUGCUUGUUAGAGGCAAAAGCUCAUGCUCUCAACGGUCUGACCUCUUAUCAUGACGGGACCAGCAGACACCAGGACAACAUCCUCCGUCCAGAGCUCUCUCUCUCUCUCUCCUCCAAAGCCUAAAGACGCUUUCUAGCAUUCUCUUUUGACUAGUUUCUGGAAAACAUCUGAAUCAUUUUAACCAACUCCAGCUGUCGCCCUGGUGUGGGUGUGUGAGAGAGUGCAUGGCCGUCUGUGAAUGAGAGGAGACUCGAGCGAGAGUGACGUUUAGAUUUACAAAAAAAGUUAGGAUAUUUUGCCUCUGUUUUUUUGUCGGUAUGAACGCAGAUACGUGCGUCUCAUACUGCGAUAUGACCUCCAUGGAUUCAUAUUAUUCUCCAUCAUCAGGACAAGGAAGAGUCCAACAGGCCAGUCCUUACAGGACGUUCCAGCCGAGCGACUCCAAAUACAGUCCCACGUUCCUGCCCGUUAAAGGUCAAACUUACGGGGACAAGCCGAGAAGUCCUUUCCACCAGGAGUGUCCUUCACUGGACGAUAGCUCACCCGAGAGCGCCUACAGCAAGUAUCUUUUCAUGCAGAGACCCACAUGCAAAACUCCCCCUGAAGACGACAAACUGGAGGACGGCGAGCUCAUCUCCUGCUACGGUAAAGAUGGCACUGGACUGACAGACACGGAGAUGCCUCAGUCUGCUGAUCCCACGGGUAUUGAUGGUAGUUACAUCAGUGUGAAAGACCCCGGGGUCAAAGGUCAAGCGGAACAGCCUGUCUCUCAGCUCAGCAGUCUGGACAGACCUGAGGCCGAGAGCAACAAAGGCAAAAAGAGACGGAACCGCACCACCUUCACCAGCUAUCAGCUGGAGGAGCUGGAGAAGGUUUUCCAGAAGACACAUUACCCUGAUGUCUACGCUCGAGAACAACUAGCCCUCAGGACAGACCUCACGGAAGCAAGAGUACAGGUGUGGUUUCAGAAUCGACGGGCCAAAUGGAGAAAAAGAGAACGCUUUGGCCAGAUGCAGCAGGUCCGAACACACUUCUCAACAGCAUAUGAGCUUCCUCUUCUAACACGACCGGAAAAUUAUGCACAGAUUCAGAACUCAUCUUGGCUAAGUGGCAGCAGUGCAGCCUCACCAGUGCCCGGCUGUGUGGUACCUUGUGAUACUGUAGCUUCCUGUAUGACCCCUCACCCUCACUCUGCUAGCGGUGUGUCUGAUUUCCUUGGUAUGCCAAGUCCUGGUGGGAACAUGGGACAGACACAUAUGGGCAGUCUUUUCGGCAACUCAGGAGUGAGUGGAUUCCUUAAUGGAUUUGAUCUCAGCAUUGAACCAGAUCGCAAAUCCUCCAGCAUCGCCAGCCUGCGGAUGAAGGCAAAGGAGCACAGCGCAGCAAUCACAUGGACCACAUGAUGCCUUCAUCUGGGACACAGAAGACCAGAUAACCUCAGCCCUAAGCUGUCAGCACUAAUGAGGUGAACGUUUAUGCCAUCUGGAGCCAAUAUGAACAUGAGAAAUGGAGGCUAGAAGCUUUAAAACACUUGUCAGAGAUUUAAUUUUGAAUUUUUUGAGGAAGUGGAUUGUGCAUUGGGAGUUUGAAUGUGUGGAUACCAGCAAGCCCUUUUCCAAAUUAAUAUAUGAAUAUACAGAUUUCCCAUGUUUUACCAUUGAAAAAAAUCAGUAUGUACUAUUUUUUCCCAUUACCAGAUAUAUACACUACUGUUCAAAAGUUUGGGGUAUGUAGGAUUUCUUUGUUUUUUAAAUAAGUCUCUUAUGCGCAUUUGUUCAUAAAUACAAUAAAAACAGUAAUAUUGUGAAAUAUAAUUGAAAUGUAAAAUAUUCCUAUUUUAAUAGAUAAAAAAAUAAUAUGAUCCUUCAGAAAUCAUUAUAGCAUGCAUAUUAUCAGUACAUAUACAUAUAUUGUAAAAUUAUAAAUGUCUUUAAUGUCACUUCUGAUCAACUGAAUGGAUCCUUUCUGAAUAAAAUUAUUAAUUUCUUUUUUUAAAUAUCUUACUGACCUCAAACUUUAAAAUAUAGGAACAAAAUUGUUUUUUACACAAGAUUCUGAAAUUAAUGGUGCCAGCAGUGAAUCUCAGAGGGAUAGUUUACCCACAUAACACACACAGAAAAUAUAUUCUGAAAGUAUGUGUGUGUGUGUGUGUGUGUGUGUGUGUGUGUGUGUGUGUGUGUGUGUGUGUGUGUGUGUGUGUGUGUGUGUGUGUGACAAUGAAAGUCAGUGGGGUCCAAUGUUGUUGUUUUGGGUCACACUGAUUUCUUUGUGUGGACAAAAACAGAAACAAAAGGUGUGCAAAUUAUAACAAAAGUUUCAUUUUGGGGUGAAUUAUCCCUUUAAGCCUUUUAAAUAAGUGGUAAAUGUGCUCAACAUAGAACAAAAUUUUAGAUAAAAUAGGAAAUUUGCACUUAGCUUCAUGAAAGCUUGCUGGAUGUUUAACAUUUUGUCUGAAUUAUUUGAAUUAAAUACCGGAGCAGGACACAUUGUUGUCAGUGCUUGUUUUUAGUAAGGCUUAUGAAGAUUUCUCUGGCAUCGGUUAUCAUGCACUAUUAGGCUUAAACAGCUCACUAAGAAUAGGCCAGAAUAUAGCAUCAUAAUAAAACAAGAAGAGCAAGUGCUUCCCAUUCUAUGUGAGACAUUUUACAGGGAGCAGAAUUCUGUACCAGCCAAAGAGGACACUUAAUAGAUCCAGACGGUGUGAAAGCAACGCUGUAUAAGCCAGUGAAGCAUCAGGUUUUGUUCUCUUCAUUCUUGAUAUGACAAACAUUCAGAUUCCGUCCAGCUCAAGCCCCCAAAAUACUCCCUUUAAUCACAGCCACAUUCUCUAAAGCAGAGGUAAUAGGGCACUGUUUCCAGACAAAUGUUGGAAUGUUCUGUUUGUUUUGUGUUUGAGGGACACAGCUCUAUCAGCUGGAACAUAAGCCUAACUUCAUUAAUUUCCUGGCUCCAUGCAGCAUUAGACCUUCACACCAGAGAAGUUUGAGUUGCUCCUGCUGCAGGGUGGCUCACCAUCCAAAACCUAACAUGGGAUUCUGGUUAUCAUGAAGUGUGAGAAGAGACACUAGGUUUGGUGCCAUUAGGGUUCACUAGCCAAAAAUGUGCUGCAAAAUGAUUCUUUUUUGUAGUUUUUGGCUUUUUAUUACAUGCUGACAGAAGUACAUUCAAGCUUUCCUUUAUAUUUAUGAUUAAUUGACCCAGUUGACUCUUCUCAGUCACAUUUUAUGAGACUAUGGGUAGUAAACGGUAGAUAUUAAAGUGUUCUGUAUUCAGAGAGGGCACAACAAUGUGGCUCCAUUGUUCCUUUAUUAGUUCCUCAGUUUAAAUACUACUGAGAUAUGCAGUUAAAUAUUAUCAGCGGUUCUUUGUGUUUGUACAGCGUGCACUUUGCAUAAUACAAUAAUUUGCUUCCUGUGUGUGUUUGGAUUUAAUUAAUGCUAUAGCUUUCCUGGUUUUGCUGUUAUUCUUGAUAACAUAACUAAUUUUCUUUUGUAAAAUGAUCAUUAAAUUCCAGCCUGAAAAUAUUGUACAAGUUUGUACUGUAUGUGUCAUGAAAUUCAAGUCUGUGUAAAAUAUAAAGCAUUUUAUCCAUU